GUGUGAUUUGGAGCACGAAGAGGAGCGAAGAUGUUCACAUUUGUGAGUUUGUCCGUCCUGGUUCUGGUGGUGAGCUGUGGAGCUCUGCCACACAGACCGGACCCAGACCGAUUGAUGUAUAACGAAGGCAUGCUCGGUGGUGACAUUGCUGGAGGGUACAAACUGACCACCGUCAACGGGAAGACGGCUAUCUUGCCCGAUGAGUUCUACGGACUCUGGCCCGAUGCCAUCGUCUACUACGAAGUUCACUCCAGUGCCGAGAGAAUUAGGGACCUCCUCAACACAGCCUUUGCUGAAUAUCACCAACAUACUUGCAUCCGGUUCGUGGAGAGGAACGGAAAUCCUAGCAUCACUAGUUACGUCAACAUCCGAGGAGAUGAGUCAGGAUGUUGGUCUUACGUGGGGAUGUACAAGCACGGUCCGCAGGAUCUGUCGAUUCAGAUCCCAGGCUGCGAUUGGAAGGGGAUCGUCCUCCACGAAAUCAUGCAUGCCGUCGGCUUCUGGCACGAACAGGUCCGCUUCGACCGCGACGAUUACGUCAUCAUUCACUGGGACAACAUCAUGAACGGCUACGAGAACAACUUCGAUAUCGUGACCCUGGAUGAGUCCCUGGAAUUCGGCGUUCCCUACGAUUUCGAGUCCGUCAUGCACUACGAAUUAGACGCCUUCAGCAAUAACGGGGAGAACACGAUCGAACCAUAUGGGGAAUGGGCUGGGACCGAUCCAGGCCACGUUUGGGAGAAGAACUUCUUCGCCCAGUCUGACAUUGAUGAGCUCAACGCUCUCUACUGCUCCAAGAAAUAAAUAUUGGUCGAUCCCGAUGUA